GUUCAGAUCACAGGCAUGCAUCUCGCAAUGAGAUCAUUUGUGUUAUAAAUAUCACUGUGCCAGCAGUAGCCUUCGCAUGGAUAUGUCUGGUGUACACACCACACGCCGUGGCUGGUGCAAGGAGCAAAGGAUCAGCAAAAUGCGGGCAUCGACCUAGCAGGGAGAUCUGUUGGAAGAAUGCGCCUCCACUGCCUCGUCCUCCUCUUUCUGAAUCACACUGUUCACUUCUCUCCAGGGCACAGCGAACAGGUAGCGUCUGCAGAACGACUUCGCCGUACAACAAAUGAGAGCUCCACCGUGUUGCAGAGCCGUAGAUCACUAAGGAACAUGUACCAGUGGAAUAGACCUGGGCCCCGCACCGGAAGACUUUAUUGCAGAGUUGGAAUUGGUUUUCAUUUGCAGAUCCAGCCAGAUGGCAAAGUCAGUGGUUCGCAUGAAGCCAACCUAUUCAGUAUUUUGGAAAUAUUCGCCGUGUCUCAGGGGAUAGUGGGAAUUCGAGGAUUUUUUAGCAACCGAUUUCUAGCAAUGAACAAAAAGGGGAAACUCCACGCAACUACCGAGUUUACAAAUGAAUGCAUUUUCAAGGAGCGAUAUCAAGAGAACAGCUACAACACUUACGCCUCGGCCACUUACAAAAGUGAAAACAAUAGCCGAGAGUGGUACGUGGCUUUAAAUAAACGCGGGAAGGUGAAAAUGGGGAACAGCCCUCGAGUGAAACCUCAGCACAUUUCUACACAUUUCCUUCCACGGUUCAAACAGUCUGAGAAAGAGAAAACGUUCAAAAUUACUCGGAAAAUCCCAGAUAAAAAAACAGCACCCAAACCUCCAAAACCAUCUCCUGCAACAACUAUCCGCAGGAAGAGUACAAGGGUUAUCAGAUACAGGCCAAAAUUUCGUUUUGGAUAGCGAAUGGAUUGAACUUUUACUUGGUUCGGGGACAGCGACUUUGUUGGAAAGCAGCUGUGCUGCACUGGCGAUGCACAGGAAGUCAAGAGUGACUCCUUCACCCAAAGGAUGCCACCACGCAGCGCACAGCACCGGCAGGGUGGACCAGGAGAGGUCUGGCAGUAUUGCAAAGAUGCUGUAUCAGUAUUAGGAAUGCGAAACUGUACGGAUAUGACACAAAAAACAGACUGUUUGUUAGCAGGACAUAUAUUGACUUGGUUUCAAAGAACUCUUUUAUAAAAAGCACAGCUUUAAAAAAAUAACAUUCAUUUUCAUUGGAAAAUUUAUAUUAGGUUCUGAGGGAGAGGUGCGAUUAUUGAGCAUAAAAUCAAGUUUGGUAACGGAAGCAAAUAACAUUUUGCUCCAGUAGAAAUGUUGGAUAUGCCUUCAGAAAUGUUGAAUCCUUUUUUAUUUUCAUAGCCCCUUUCCAGAGAUUUAAAAAAAAUUCUGAGAACAAACAGGGAAAUAUGCUCAUUUGUUUUGUCUCGGGAAUAUAGGGAGCCAUCACCGCUAUGCGAUAAUGUACGUUUAUUUCUGCUUCGAAAGCACAUGUAACGAUAUUUUUUUUGGAGUGGUCAUACUCCGGUGGUGCACGACCUUUGAACCCGCCUUUCUACUGAGUAACAGCUGGACGGGUGGAUUACAGGC